CAUUGAAGAAGGAGAGGGACGGUGUGUCGCACCUUCCUCAGCUCAAAUCCAGUCAUGUCGUCCAAACUUACCAAGCUUUUUGUCGGCGGCCUGAACGUGGAGACGACGGACGAUGGCCUCCGCGGACAUUUCCAGCAAUUCGGCGCGCUUAACGACUGCGUGGUGGUCAUAAACCAGGCGGUGGGCCGCUCCCGCUGCUUCGGCUUCAUAACCUACGCGACGCCGGAGGAGGCCGACGCAGCAAUGGCGUCCAAGCCACAUGUCGUUGACGGCCGCAACGUGGAGCUCAAGUGGGCCGUGGCCCGGGAGGACGCCAGCAACCCGGACGUAUCGUCCAACGUCAAGAAGAUCUUCGUCGGCGGCGUCAAGGACCACCUGGAACCCGAGAACCUCAGCGACUACUUCUCCCAGUUCGGCGCGGUGGAGAAGGCCGAGAUCAUCACCGACAAGCUGACAGGCAGGAAGCGCGGCUUCGGCUUUGUCUUCUUCGAGGACGGCGAGUCGGCCUCCAAGGCGGCGCUCACCAAGUUCCACACUAUAAGCGGCUCCAAGGUGGAGGUGAAGAAGGCCAUGAGCAAGCAGGAGAUGUCCGGCGGAGGCGGCGGUGGUAGAGGCGGCCGGGGUCGCGGUAGAAGCAUGUCGAGUUACGGCGGAGGAAGAGGCGGAGGCGGCAGCGGCGGCGGCUAUGGGGCAGGCGGCUACGGGGCGGGCGGCUACGGGGCUGGAGGCUACGGGGCGGGCGGCUACGGUGCGGGAGGCUGCGGCGGUUACGGAGCCAGCGGCUACGCGAGUGGAGGCUACGGCGGCGGCGGCGGCUACGAAGAGUACGACAGCGGCAUGGCUGGCGGGUAUAGCAACGGGGACUUCGGGGAGGGCUACGGACAGCAGCACUCCAGCUACGGCGCCAUGAAGGGGGGCAGCUACUCUUCCUUCCGGAGCGCGGCCCCUUACAGCAGAGGCGGCUACGGUCGAGGGGGCUACGAAGGCGGCUAUUAGUUCCCUCCAAUUUUUUGAUACGGCCACGGGAGGGGGGAGGGCGGCUGUCCGGGAUUCCAGAGAACUUGAAAACACACAACCGGGAGGGGGGUCUCGUUGCUCUAUUGAGGAAGGGAGAAGUGUCCACCAUCCCCCCCCCCCCGUCGAAUGAAUGAAUCACCCCCCCCUUUACUCCCUCCAUCUGUCCCUCUUAUUCCUCCUUACGGACUCUACUACUACUACUACUUCAGAAUUGUGAAUUGUUGAUGGGGGAAAAAAAUGCCAUUUGCUUUCUGCUUACGGACACUGUUGUCACUGCUUUUCUCGCGUCGAUAAUUUGUUUUUGUUUGGAUCCUGAGUUUUCUCUCAGGGUUUGAAGUCAACUUGUUGGCGCGUGACAAAAGGCAGACGUUUUUUUUCCUUUUUUUUGAUUUGUUUGUUUAGAUUAAAACUGGUUUGAAAUCCUGUUCAGCACACCUACGUUCUGUUUUAUUAAAGUUUUUAAUGUUCAGAAAACAAACAA